AUGUCCUUGUUUGAUUAGUUUAAACCAACAAGGGCUGGCUAAAUAAAAAUCAAGUAGAGCAAUUAAUUUUAUAUAUAUACAAGGGCAAAGUAAAAGACUAUGUAAAAUGGAAAUGAUGAAUGGUAAAAUAUAACUUAAGAACAUGAAUUUACAUAUUGGGAUUCUGGUUACUUAAAGUAUAAGACUAUUAAAUUCUAAAUUACAUUUACUAAAGAAAAGAAAAUCAAGUACACUAAAGAUGGAUAGAUUCUUAGAACGUAUUUUUAUCCCCCAUAUUCAGUGAUUAAGUACUUGAUUCUUUCUAAAAACCUGAAAUCUUUAAUAAUUUAGAAUAGAUUAAUAAUCUUAAGUGGUCUGGAAAAUACGGGCAGAACUCUUUGAAAGUAGGUAGGUGGACAGCUGACUGGAAUAAUGAAACCAUUUAAGAAGUUGGUGGAUAAUACUCUCAGUGUGGAUAGAAGUAAGGUUUAUGGAAAGAUUUAUCAAAAAAUUAUUGGAGGUAGAAUUUAGUUAUAAAUCGAAAUUAAGUGAAGCACAAAUUUUUGAUGUUGGGCUCUACAUUGAUAAUUAAAGAAGCGGAAUUUGGAAGUAUAUCUACAAAAAUAGUGAAAUGUAUUUCUCAAUUUAUUAGUUGUUUAGAGGUGGAGGUUCAUAUAAUGAGUAAGGUGAAAAGAAUAGUAAAUGGCUAGAGCUGAGUGAUAACUUUUGGAAGUAAAAAGAAAUUUUGAAUUUUAAUUAAUAGUUAAAGUUAAGUCAUUUAUGAAGGUGAAUAUAAGAGUGGUAAAAAAUUUGGUCUGUGGAAUGUUUUAUAUAAAGGGAACGGGUAGAGAUAAUUAAAAUAAAUGUAAAUUGAAAAUUUUAAAUAAAUUUAGUGCUAGCGGAUGAUAUAAUUAACUAUAUGACAAGGAUGAAAUUGUAGAUUCCAUCAAAGUUGGGAAAUGGAUUGAGUUGAAUGAUAAGUUUUGGGAGUACUAUUUUUUAUUAAUAAUAAUUUUCUAAGUUUGGCUUAAGUUUUACUUAUCGGUGAUUAUAAAAAUGGGAGAAAAGUUGGUAGAUGGGAUACAUUACACAGAAUAAGAAAUAAUAAACCUUUUGAAAUAAUGUAAUUAUUUUUAUUAACUCUUGAUUCCUGAAUUUAGUGGUGGAGGAUCUUAUGAUAAAAAUCUAGAAGGUCAUACUGUUUCAGAUUCACUUAAGAUAGGCAAGUGGAUUGAGUUAAGUGAAGGGUUCUGGAGGUAUUGCAUUUAAUUUAGUUUAUUAGAGAUAGCAAAAUCACUUAUAAUGGUGAAUACUAAAAUGGUAUUAAAGUAGGGUAAUGGGAUAUUUAUUAUUUUGAUGAUGAUGCUGAAAAAAUUCAAUUGAUGUAUUUUACUAUAACAUUUUUUUUCUUAAUUUAGUGGUCGUGGUUCAUUUGUUGAAAAAAUUAAUGAUUAAAAUCUUUUGGGUUCAUUAAAGACAGGUAUAUGGAUUGAAUUGAGUGAUGGGUUUAAGAGGUAAUUUAUUGGGAUUAAUUAUCGCUAUUAGCAAUAGUGAAGUCACUUAUAAAGGGGAAUAUGAAAACGGUAAAAAAGUAGGAAGAGGAAUAUAUUUUAUAAGGAUGAUUUGAUGUAAUAGUUAUUAAUAUUUCUCCAAAUAAAAUUUCAUGUGUUUUGCUAAAGUGGAGGAGGACAAUAUGAAAAGUUAAAAGAUAAUCAUAUGGGUGAUUCGAUUAAGGUCGGAAAGUGGAUCGAAGAAAUCGAGGGAUUUUAUGAGUAAAAUUGAGAAAAAUAUCUAUUAGGUAUGGAUAAGUCUUUUAUUGUGUUGAAUAUCUUAUUGGAAAAAAAGUUGGCAUAUGGUAUUAAAUGUUUGGAGACAAUAUAUUGUAAAUUUUAAACAUUAAUUUAUUUAGGGAUGAAGAAAAUUAUUUGAAUUGAA